CUUUGUCUUGACUCGGCUUUCAACUCCUCCUUGUUGUGCUUCCUCAUCUUCUGCUCCACCCUCCUCAGCCUCAUCCCCAUCCCCCUCCUUCCUUCCUUCUUUCCCUCCGCUCAUUCUCAUCAACCAAAACAACAACACCUCCCCCCGCCCCUUGCUUCAUUCAAACCUACUUUGCUACCCAUUCCCCCUCUGACCGUUUUUUUUAUCGACUUCAGAAUCCUUCUCCCCCGCCUCUCUUUUCAGGCACCAUCAUCUUCCUUCCCUUCGCUUCAUUGCUGCUGCUCACCCACAUAUACCACUUCCUGACCUCCUUCUCCCAUCUCUAAUUCCACAUAAUGUCUUGCGACCUGACCGAUCCCGCCAUCCUCGAGGCCUACCAGGAAAUCAUCUCAGGCGCACCCACUAACUGGCUUAUCCUCGGUUACCAUGACACAAGGGACAAGAUCUCGCUCUACUCUAAGGGGACCGGUGGACUCGAGGAAUUGACCGCUAAUCUCAAGGAGGAGGUGCUUUAUGGAUUCGUCAGGAUUGAGGAUCGCUUUGCUCUCCUCGCCUAUGUCUCCGAACAAGUCAGUGGUCUUCGUCGUGCGCGUGCGUUGGUGCAUGGUAAGGCUGUUGGCGCCCUCUUCAAGGCCAGCAAUGCCCAGAUCAACACCUCGAGCCUUGCAGAGUUGACCGAAGAGAGAGUGCGCGCUCGUCUCGGAUUGACUGAGGGACCACCAACUCCAGAGGCUUCUUCGCCCGUCAUGUCCUCGACACCUGUGCCCGUCGGAUCCCCAGUCCCAGCACCCCGCCCUGUGACCCCCGUGUCGCCUCUACCAGUUGCAGAGCCCAUCGCUAUCGACACCGUUAUUCAACAGCAGCAGCAGCCCGAGGUCGCAACUCCUAGCCCCACUGCCAGGACUGCUUCCCCUCGUUCAGGACUCUCGACUCCCAGAACUGAGCGUCAGCUGGAAAUUGAGGCUGCAGAGCGCAAGGUCCGCGAGGAGAUGGAGCGUCAGAGGCGCGCCGAGGCUGCUAAGCGUCAAAGAGAGACUGAAGAGCGUGAGGCACGUGAGCAGGAACUCUUUGCUCAGAAGCAGGCCCUUGAACUGGAGCGCAAGCGCAAGGAAGAGACCGACAGAGUUGCACGUGAGGCGAUGAAGAGGCAAUUGAUCGAGAUGGAGAGACUCCGAGGAUUGGGGCUUUCUGGAUACAUUACCAUUCAAAGCGCUGGUUCGCCUUUCUGGAAGCGCCGCUUCUAUGCGAUGCGUGGACAGGUUCUGGCUUUCUUCAGGGACGAGAACGACCGCGCGCCUGUCUCGCAAGUGAACCUCGCUGGUCAGGUCGUACAUGUUGAGGAUGCCUCGCUCGAGGUCUUGAUCCCCAACAGCUUCCGCGUUGACCUGAAGAAUGGCGAUACUCAUUAUUUUUUCAGCGACACGACCAAGGACAAGGAGAUGGCUAUUGCUGGAUUCAUGAAGUGCAAUGAGUCUCCAUAAUUCAUAUAGACAGGAGAUAUGGACGAGCUGGUCAAUUGUUGGGCUAAGCUACUGAAACAACCAUGCCCGCGCAAACGAAGGUCGCCAUUGACCAUCUGAACAAACGCUUGCAUUACAUAUACAAAAACUAUUCAAAUAAAUAUAAACAUAUACAGUUUUUAAUUUA